UACACAAGCUGGAUCAAUCAAUUGAUCAUCCUCACAAACUCAUGAUGAUUCCUAGCAUUAAAAAUUGUGUGGUUUUUGCCACGCUCCUCGUAGCCACGCCCACUUGGGCGCAACGCUCAUACCUUCGCGCCGACGGAAACUCGGGCAACACGUACAACUUGUUGGACAGCUUCCUUGGCGGAACGGCGUACGAAGUGCCCGACUGUGCACACUCGCAGCCGCACAUCACUCAACAGACGGAUACGGAACUGGGCGUGCCAAUUUUCAACUUUGCCGCCCAUGUCGCCAGUGAUAACGACCGUUGCCAAAACUUUGACAGACAGCGAACCGAGAUCAAGACUUAUAACCCUUCUCCCGCGCAAUUUAAAUGUUCGAGCGGAGAGAGCGUCUCGUACUCGUGGGACUUGAGGCUUAACUCGGCCUUCCAACCGAGUACGGCAUUUACGCAUAUUUUCCAAGUCAAGGCCGUUGGUGGGGAUGAAUCCAUGCCGUUCAUAACGAUUUCGCCGAGACUUAAGUCAAGUGGGGCUAAGGUCCUUCAAAUUAUGUACGCUGGUCAGGACUCUGUCCAAACCGCGAUUUGGGAGGAAGACCUUGCAAAAUUCGCGGGAAAAUGGAUCCACAUAGUGACCGAAUAUACUUGCCGACUAGGCGGCACGUUCAGCCUCCGAAUUAAGAACAAGAUCACCGAAGAACAAUUGAUGUCCAUGACGAACAAUAAUCUAGACAUGUGGCGAUCCGGAAAUACCUUCCUCCGACCGAAGUGGGGCAUUUACAGAAGUCUCAAUGACCGGGGCAACUUGCGAGAUGAAUUCGUCUACUUUAACAAUUUCUGUUUGGCUAAAGGAGAACCAAAGUGUACCUAAAGUUAUUAAUUCGUAUUAAUUUAUCUAUGCGAAAAUAAAUGCAUGAUAAACCAAUUCAAUUUACAUAC